AUGGAGACAGAACACCACGUCUCUGACGAUGCAAAGGUCCGUUUCUCAGCCGACUUUCACCAUUUCCCUGCGCGUAGGCGCGUGCUGGUAACAUGCUCGAACGACGGAAACAAAAAGCACGCGAAAUGGACCAUUGACCAGGACCGUUCAGACGCAAAGUACACCAGAGUAGGCUACGAUGUACGAUGGAAGAACUGGGGCAGGGCGGGAGCUACUAGGGCUGUUUUACGGUAA